GUGAAGCCAUGAACUAACAAUAAUAAUACACAUGUGGUCUGACGAUAAAUCUGAUUUUCAUACGUGGCAUACUAUGUGUGCCCCAUUCUAUAAACAAAUUGCUAAUCCAAAACACCAAUCACACUCCUCUCUCUGUUUUUUUCUUUUCUUUUGGCGUUUUCCGUUUGGUAAAAGAUUUCAUUUUUAUUAGCUUUUCAAGAUUCAGAGAUUCCUAAUUUGUUGGUAAAUGGAACCACUCAUCAGCCCACAACCACGUUUCCGCCUCCAACCCAUACCGGAAAAUCCCUCCUCCUCCUCCUCCUCCGCCUCCAUCACAAUCCCUCGCUCUAUCUCAAACACUUCCUUCUUCCAUGAAAUCUCCCAAGAACGUCUUCUCCUUCAUCAUCAAGACCUCGAACAAUCCGUACAAGACGACAAAGAAGACCAAGACUCAGACUCAGACGAAACAAAUCGCUUUUUAUCUCAGACAAGACCACUUCACCGAUCUCGUACAGCUCCAGCUAUGGUAAUCAUCAAAGACUUAAGAACCAAACCUCCAGAAACCAAAAAACCAUCACCAGUCUCUAAAUCCAUAAUCAGACAAGCGAUUUUCUUGCUAAUCGUCUACUUAACCUUAGGCGUUUCAAUCUACUCAUUCAAUCGUGACCACUACUCAGGAAUCGAAACCCAUCCUGUAGUCGACGCUCUCUAUUUCUGUAUCGUCACUAUGUGUACUAUUGGUUACGGUGACAUCGCUCCGUUGACUCCAUGGACAAAGAUCUUCGCUGUUGUUUUCGUCUUGUUCGGAUUCGGGUUCUUGGAUAUUUUACUCAGUGGUGUUGUUAACUACGUUUUGGAUCUUCAAGAGAGUAUGAUUCUCACCGGAAUCCAAACGAGGCAGCAUCAUCAACACCAUCAUCAUCAUAGAUUCUCUGCUAAAGAUUAUAUUAUUGAUUUUGAGAAAGGGAGGAUGAGGAUAAGGAUGAAAGUUUGUUUAGCGUUAUGCGUCGUCGUUUUGUGUAUCGGUGUUGGUGCUUUGGUUUUGCAUUUCGUUGAGGAAUUGGGUUUUGUUGAUUCGGUUUAUUUGUCGGUUAUGUCGGUGACUACUGUUGGUUAUGGUGAUCGUGCUUUUAAAACGCUUCAAGGGAGGCUUUUUGCGGCGGUUUGGCUACUUGUUUCGACUCUUGCGGUGGCGCGUGCGUUUUUGUAUUUGGCGGAAGCGAGAAUUGAUCGCCGGCAUCGGAAAGCUGUUAAAUUGGCGUUGAAUAGAGAAAUCACUGUUGAUGAUUUGCUCAAAGCUGAUACUUAUCAACAUGGUUUCAUCAGUAAAUCAGAGUAUAUAGUGUUGAAGCUUAAGGAAAUGGGGAAGAUCACUCAGAAAGACAUUGACCAAGUUGUGAUUCAGUUCGAGAAACUUGAUCCUAAUCAAAUAGGAAAAAUCACAUUACCUGAUCUUUUGGGGGAUCCUUUGUGACAGAAGAACAUUCUCUGUCUCUGCUUUUUUAGGUUUUCUUCUUAUUCAAUUAUCUUCUCUUUUUUUAAUUCCUUUUUAAAGAAAAAUAACUGAAUAUAUGUAGCAACAGUGAUUCAUACAAAGAAUUAUCUCUCAGUUUAUAAGAGAUAAUAUGAAAAUGUAUAUGCUUUAUUUUUGCUCUCUAUAAAAAAAUUAUGUUCAAAGAUAUUCGCUAAGCGCUAAUCAGAUGCUCGGGCAAGGUUGUUAACAAUUUUCUUUAUUUUAUUUUAUUUUUUAUUAUUUUUUUAAUAUCAAGAGGUUUUGG